ACGGCGACAGUGGCAGCGGCCGCGGCGUGGCCCGUUUUCCAUGGCGCGUUCCCCUUGCCCGGGCUCGACAAGAGCGCGCUGGGCGGCCCCUUCGUGUACGAGAGGCCGCUGCACGCCAUGGACAACGCGUCGACGGGCGGCAACUUCGCCUUCUCGCCGUACGGCGCGGCGUCGGUGCUGGUGGUGCUGUACGAGGGCGCGCGCGGGGCGUCGGCGCGCCAGAUCCACGAGGCCCUCGGCCUGCCCUGGGACCGCGACGUCACGCGCGUCGGCUUCCGCGACAUCCACCGCCACCUGCGGAGCUACUUCACGUACGCCGGCUACUUGAGCGGUAUGACGCUGAGCAAAAACCAGACGGCGCUGCGCCCCGAAUUUGAGAGGCUGCUGCGCUUCUAUGGGUACGACCUGGACGAAGUGAUGGGCCCCGCGACCUCCGAGCCCACCGCCACAACCACCACCACAGAAGGAGCAGAAACAACCACGGAAACCUCCGCAAACGCCACUGCAGACACCACAGUAGGCACCACGGAAAAUACUAAUGCAGAAACCACGACAGAUGUCAAAGUAGAGACCACGACAGAAACCAAAACAGGUAUCACGGUGGUCACCAAUGCAGAGACCGCGACAGAAAGCAAAGCAGAGACCACGACAGAAACCAAGACGGACACGACGGCCAACAAUAUAGCCGCUACUACAGGCAGCAAUACAGAUGCUACAACAGAAGCCAAGACAGUGACAACGACAGAGGCUAAGGCAGAAACCACAAUGGUUAUGACUGAAGCCAACACGCUCGCUGCGACUACGCCGGGUGUCUCUCCUGACGGCGCAGCAAAUGAGAACGAGGGUACGUCCUCAGCUUCUGAAGGCUCUCCAAAUUCCCCAGACCUUACUUCCAACGCUCCCCCCAGCGAUGCCGCAACUACAGAGGCAUCAUCAACAUCAUCAUCAGAGGAAAGUACAUCCGAAUUAGAAACGUCCUCUGGGGUUCCAUUUGCUUCCCAAUCAAGUUCCCCAUCUAGCGCUCUGGCGGAAACAACAGAAUCAGCAUCAGAGAAAAAUACAUCGGAAUUAGAAGAGUCUUCUGACACCACAACACCUGCUUCCGGAUCAAGUUCCCCAUCUAGUGCUCUGACGGAAACUACGAAUCCUGGCUCAACCAAUCCUACAGACACUUCUCCCCCGUCCAGUGGAGAAACGACCCAACAGUCAACUGAACCAGCUGCCUCUUCGAAUUCUAUAUCGGAUGCCUCUCCUGACAGUACAACAAACACGAACGAGGCUACGUCCCCCGCUUCUGAAGGCUCUCCAAAUUCUCCAGACCUUACUUCCAACGCGCCUUCCAGCGAUGCCGCUACUACAGAGGCGUCGUCAUCAGAGGAAAAUACAUCGGGAGCAGUAGCGUCCUCUGGUGUUACAUCUGCUUCCGGAUCAAGUUCCCCAUCUAGCGCCCUGGAGGAAACUACGGAAACUAGCUCCACCAAUCCUUCGGACUCAUCUCCCUUGCCCAGCGCAGAAGCGAUCCAAGAGUCAACUGUACCAAAGGCCUCCACGGUCUCUCCUACUACUCCAAGCGAUCCAAGUUCUUCGGACAACACGGAUGCGCCGACUCAGCCCACGGAAGCGACCACCACCCCCUCGAGAAGAGCCAUGAGCAACGUGGAGGGGGAGGAGCUGGCAGAACGCGCGAUGGCGAUGGAGAGAGAGGAUCCGUCGCUAGAGAAAACAACUGAAGCAGGAGAGGCGUCUGCGGCGGCAACGACGGCGAUCAGUCAGGAAGCGGUGGCGGCGGCGGCGGCGGACGCUCCAGAGGCACUAGCGGAAAUGGCCGCCGCGAGUGAGGUAGUGUCAUUGCAGAACGAGGCGGCCGGACACGGGGUGAUGAUGGCACUGAUGGAUAUGAUGAGAGAGAUGAUGCCCGACGCGCCAGUGACAGAGAGCGCGUCGGCAGAUGCGGCGAUCCAGACAAGUCCUUCGGAAGGGCUCCCCGCGGGGGCGGAGGCGCUGUCCGUUGCAGCAGGCACGACGGCGGGGGCUGUGGCGUACGCGGCUGAAGGACCCGCAGCGGCGGUGACGGUGACGACGGCGAUGGCCCAGCCCGUGGGCGAUGCGGCGGUCGCCGCGGCGUCCGAGGCGGUGGCGGCCGUGGCGGAGCCCGAAGGUCCCGUCGCCUCCCCGCGGGUGGGCGCGAAAGCGCUCGUGACGCAAGAGGCAGCGUCGACGCCA